CAUCCUAGAAGUUGCUGGCUCCACAGAUAAAAUAUGGACAAUAUGAAAAACGUAACACAAAUUAAUUUUGUCGUAAUAAUCUUAGGUGUUUUAAUUGGUAUCCAAUUUUCAGAGGCAAAUGUGUACACGGAUGAGAGUAUUCUUGAAGACGCAAGAUUGGACACCUUCUCAAUUAUUAAAAAGUAUGGAUAUCCUAGUGAGAUACACAGAGCCUUCGCAGACGAUAAAUACAUAUUGGAGAUGCACAGAAUACCACACAGCGUAAAUAAUAUCCACCAGGGACCAAGACCGGUUGUAUUCCUUAUGCAUGGUCUUCUAUCGUCUUCCGCUGAAUGGGUCAUGAUGGGCCCAAACAAAGGACUUGCUUACAUUCUAUCCGAAGCCGGCUAUGAUGUUUGGAUGGGCAACGCACGUGGCAACACCUACUCCCGAAACCACGUAAUCCUAGGGCCCUCUUCUUCUGCAUUCUGGAAGUUCAGCUGGCACGAGAUCGGUUACUACGACCUCCCUGCCAUGAUCGACUACAUUCUUAAAGAGACCGGUGUCCCAAAAAUCCAUUACAUUGGAUUCUCUCAGGGGACCACUGCUUUUUGGGUUAUGACAUCAACGAGACCGGAAUACAACGACAAAAUUAUAGCUAUGCAAGCGCUCGCACCCGUCGCCUUCUUAUCAAACGUUAGAAGUCCUCUAGUAAAGGCCAUUGCACCGUUCACCAACUCGUUGGAAACGAUUUUUAAAAUUCUGGGUAGAAACGAAUUUCUUACGGAUGGUAAAAUAAAUGAUAUGGCUGGACAGUCUUACUGCGUAGAAGAAGCCAUCACUCAAGUACUAUGUACGAAUCUCCUAUUCCUGUUGUGUGGGUACAACAGCGAACAAUUAAAUUCGACAAUGGUACCAGUUAUAGUAGGUCAUACGCCUGCAGGAGCAUCCACCCGACAAAUCGUCCACUUUGGUCAAAUAUACAAUUCAAACAAAUUCAGGCACUUCGACCAUGGAUUAAUUGGAAAUAAAAUGACUUACGGAUCAUUUAAACCACCGACGUACAAUUUGAGUGCCAUUAGUACACCAAUAUUUCUGCAUUAUUCUGACAACGACUGGUUGGCAUCACCAAAAGACGUUGAUACACUGUCCAAAGAAAUAAACUCUGUCGUUGGCAAGUAUAGAGUGCCGAUGGCGAAAUUCAAUCACGUAGAUUUUGUAUUUGCUAUCGACGCAAAAAAGCUUAUUUAUGAUCGUAUGAUGAACAUAAUGGCCCAAUUUAACACAUGAAAUAAUACAUUUAAGUUUAUGCAGUACAUAUAUUAUUAUUUCGACAUGAAAUAUUAACUAAUAUUACAUACAUGUUACUAGGAAAUAGUCUUUUAUUUGCCUUCUGUAGUAUAAAACUUCUGGGAGAAUAUUUAGUAAUUUAUAGACUCACAAAAUUAGAUACAGAACUAACAGUAUCAGUGCAAAAAGUGGAACAGGAUGGUGACGAUUUACUUUUAUUAAGCCUGCAAAAUGUUGCAUCGAUAUCAUCUUUCAUAUUAUUUCUUUUGUUGGAUACAAUUUUGAUUUCUCUUUUCACCAUUUCUCCAAAAGUAUUACGAACUGAAAAUCAAUUUAAAUUAAAUCCGACCAAUUGCUAAUA